AUGCAGACUUUAUGGUAUCAAGGAGAGAGUGACACGUCGCAUAUUCAUGAUGCUGAGGUUUACCAGAGGAACAUGGAGAGGCUUAUUGAGGAUGUUAGAGAGGAUCUUGGUCUCCCUUCACUUCCAAUUAUCAUGGUAGCAAUUAUAUCAGGAGAUGGUAAGUACGUGGAAAAGGUGAGAGAAGCACGACCAGGGAUUAAUCUACCAAAUGUGGUAUGCGUUGAUGCCAAGGGAUUGCAUCUUAAAGAGGAUCGUCUUCAGUUAACAGCUGAAAGUCAGGUUAAGCUGGGCCACAUAUUGGCAGAUGCUUACCUCAAGGAUUCUGCAUCUUCUUUGCUUAAAAUAAAGGGAAUUGAUUGCCUAGUGUUUGACGUGAGUGGAUUCUGUACUGUACUGUACUGUUGA